AAGCUUUAACUUUCUGUUUUCUAUUGAGAAAUGUAGACUUUGGUGUCCGUUUGUGCUCAAUGUCUCAUUACUUUACUAUAGUCAAACCCAGAAAUCAACUAGACGGUUACUUCUAUCUCUUAGAACUCCCAUUUUUUAAGCCUUUAAGCAAACCUGGAAUCCCUACACAAAAAAGGAAAUAAUUGUGUAAAUCUGUUGAAUUUUGGAGGGUUUGAUCUGAAAUCUAGAGCCGUGGCUAAUACAACCUCAUCAUCAUGCCUAUUCCCAGUUCAAUUCCCAGCUCCUCUGAAUUCUCCACUUCCACAAGGAAAAUGGAUGGUUAUGGUGAAGUGUGUCUGCUUGGAGAUGGCUUUGAUCCGAGCGGAGCUGUGAGGAUGAGGGAAGAUGAAUAUGAUAGCAGAUCAGGCAGCGACAACAUUGAUGGUGCUUUAUCUGGGGACGAUCAAGACGCUAACGACGAACAACAACCAAAAGGGAAGAAGUACCAUAGGCAUACUCCCCAUCAGAUCCAAGAGCUUGAGAUUUUCUUCAAGGAAUGCCCUCAUCCUGAUGAUAAACAAAGAAGUGAACUUAGUAGGAGGCUGUGUUUGGAGACAAAGCAAGUGAAGUUUUGGUUUCAAAAUCGUCGAACACAGAUGAAGACACAAAUAGAACGCCAUGAGAAUGCAAUUCUUAAGCAAGAAAAUGAUAAGCUCCGAGCCGAGAAUAGUGUGAUGAAGGAUGCUAUUGCUAAUCCAACAUGCAAUACUUGUGGUGGCCCUUCAAUUCCUGGUCAUCUAUCAUUUGAAGAACACCAUCUUAGAAUUGAGAAUGCCAGAUUAAGAGAGAAACUGCACCGGUUAUAUACUGUCACCAACAAGUUCCUGGGCUGGCCAGUUUCUUCACCCUUUGGCAAUCAGGGCUCCUCACCAAGUUCUGACUCUUGCUUGGAACUGUCUGUUGGAAGAAGUGGAAUCGGAAGGUCGAGUACCGUUUCUGAUUCUAUGGGGCUGGGAAACGGACAUUUCGGUGCUGGCCCUGUGAUGCCUAUUAGUAAGCCCGAAAUAGGCGUCUCAGGCAAUGAUAUACCACUUGACAGAACAAUAUAUGUGGAUUUUGCUUUGGCAGCUAUGAAUGAAUUAGUUGAGAUGGCUCAAACGGAUGCCCCCCUUUGGAUCAGAAGUCGGGAUGGUGGUAGCAGAGAGACGUUGAACCUUGAUGAAUAUUCAAGGACUUUUCCUUCUUCAGCUGGCAUGAAGCACAUUAAUUGGACAACAGAGGCCACCAGAGAUUCUACAAUGGUCAUCAUCAACAGCUUGGCACUUGUCGAGACGUUGAUGGAUGCAAACCGGUGGGCAGAAAUGUUUCCUUGCUUGAUUGCUAGAGCUACGACAAUCGACGUGAUAACUAGUGGCAUGUGUGGAACUAGAAACGGUGCAUUACAAUUGAUGAAUGCUGAACUCCGAGUACUUUCCCCGCUGGUUCCCGUGCGUACGCUUAAGUUCCUUCGCUUCUGCAGGCAGCUUGCUGAUGGUUUAUGGGCUGUAGUUGAUGUUUCCAUUGGAGAAGGUUCGGAUUCGAACACGUUUCUCGGUUGCAGGAGGCUCCCUUCAGGCUGUGUUGUGGAAGAUAUGCCUAAUGGUUUCUCCAAGGUAACAUGGGUGGAGCAUACAGAAUAUGAUGAGACUGUUAUACACCAGCUUUACCGCCAGUUAAUUAGUUCAGGCAUCGGUUUCGGUUCACAACGGUGGCUUGCUAACCUUCAAAGACAAUGCGAAUGUUUGGCGAUUCUUAUGUCUUCUACUAUUCCCACUGAAGAUCCUGCAGGAAUAUCUCCGGGCGGUAGAAGAAGUAUGCUGAAGCUAUCGCAGCGUAUGGUGGAUAAAUUCUGUUCGGGGCUUUGUAGUUCAAGUUUACAUAAGUGGGACAAGCUGGUUGUUGGUAAUAUUAGUGAAGAUGUAAAAGUGAUGGCUAGAAAGAGCAUCAACGAGCCUGGCGAGCCACCGGGUAUCGUGUUGAGUGCUGCAACUUCAGUUUGGAUGCCUGUUACUCAGCAGAGGUUGUUUGCAUUCUUGCAAGAUGAUCACUUUCGGAGUGAGUGGGAUAUUUUAUCCAACAGUAGGCCAAUGCUAGAGAUGGUUCGCAUCUCGAAAGGCCAGGAUGCGGAUAACCGUGUUUCUCUCCUGCGUGCUAAUCCCAUGAAAGCUAAUGAGAGCACCAUGUUCAUAUUGCAAGAGACUUGGACUGAUAUAUCAGGCUCACUGGUUGUUUACACUCCAGUCGACACAGCCUCGGUUAGUUUGAUGAUGCGUGGAGGAGAUUCCGCUUAUGUAUCGCUAUUACCAUCAGGAUUUGCAAUUCUCCCCAAUGCUACAAACAACGACAAAGACGCAUCAAUGAAGUCAGGCAUGAACAGUGGGCAUGAUAAUGGAUGUCUGCUCACAGUAGCAUUCCAGAUUCUGGUGAAUAGUCUUCCAACGGCCAAACUCACGGUCGAGUCGGUUGAGACGGUUAACAAUCUCAUUUUUUGCACCAUUCGAAAGAUCAAAACUGCCCUUCAAGUAUCAUAAUAAUGCUUGCUCAGAAAGCAAGCUUUUGGUGCCUUUUUUUUUUUUCUUCUUUAUUUUCUCUUUUGUCAGACAGGUAAGGGUAGGCUCAUAUGCAAAGCUUAUGGGAAAGAUGGUAGGCUCAGGCAGAGAACUGUCGAAACAGAGGUUUCUAGUCAAGAACGAACCGUGAAUUUGGGAUUUUGUUUCGGGUUUAUACAAGUCUAUAUUGUUCUAGUUGGUUGGGUGGGUGGUUCGAUUCGGUUCGGGUAUUGACUUGAUGACCAGUGUGGAGAACUUGUCUGACGUUUGUCUUGAGUUGUUUUCUUGGUGUAUUGUGAAACUGUUUGAGUUGUAGUUAUGUACUUGUUUCUCCAUCCCAAAAAAUGGCUACAGUUUGGUUUUGCUU